GUCCUUACGCCGUCUCUGGGCGCCAGUGUCUGCACGGGAAGAUGGCAGAGGUUGGGUCCAAGUCGGUGUUGUUCGUGUGUCUCGGUAACAUUUGCCGGUCACCCAUUGCAGAAGCAGUUUUCAGGAAACUGGUAACUGAUGAGAAUGUUUCAGCUAAUUGGGCCAUUGACAGCAGCGCUGUUUCCGACUGGAACGUGGGCCGGCCCCCAGACCCAAGAGCUGUCAGCUGCCUAAGAAAUCAUGGCAUUAGCACAGCCCAUAAGGCAAGACAGAUUACAAAAGAAGACUUUGCCACAUUCGAUUAUAUACUCUGUAUGGAUGAAAGCAAUCUGAGAGAUUUGAAUAGAAAAAGUAAUCAAGUUAAAAACUGCAAAGCUAAAAUUGAGCUACUUGGGAGCUAUGACCCACAGAAACAACUCAUUAUUGAAGAUCCCUAUUAUGGCAAUGACUCUGACUUCGAAGUGGUGUACCAGCAAUGCCUCAGGUGCUGCAAGGCUUUCCUGGAGAAGACUCACUAGGUGGUCCUGCCACCACCAUUGAGCAGCUCACUUACCAGAGCCAUGCCCAAGGGUGGUGCCAGUCCUUAGCCCCGUGUCCCAACCGUGUCUUCAGCUGACUUUACUGUUUAUCUUUAAAGCAUCUGUAGGUCGAGAUUAGGUGUAUGUUCAGAAGGGUAAAAAUAUUUGCGUAAUACAGUGUGAGGUGUGGCUAAGUAUUCUUAGACUAAUUGAACCUUUCCUCUCACCUUGUCCUAAUUAGACAAUAGUGGAACAAGGAAAUACGGAGCAAACUAGAACCCAAUAAAGUAAGAAUGACCCACAAGGUCUGGGUUGGCCUCUGAGCCCAGCCAGCCUGGGUGGUCUGGUCUUAAGUGUGCGCAUGGCCAGCACCCAGUGGUGCCAUUCACUUGCCUUAUACCUCUCUAUCCUAGACUCUUGUGACAAUAACUCCAUCCAUAUCAGCCUUCCACUUAACCCUGGAAGAUUUAAACUCAGACACACUGAAGGCGUUUAAUAUUUGAGAGAGAAGACAAACUGGAUGUAGUGAUACAGGCCUGCACUCCCAGCAGGCCGACCUGGGCUGUGCACUGACGAUGGGAGCAACAGAUGUAGGAAAUUAGCAGUGUUACUCUUACUUGGUUUUUGUCCAGUGUUUUGUUGUCCUGUUCGAGCCACUUUGCCUCUUAAUGCAGAGGGGGUGUGUGCUUAAAUAGUGGCAUGUCUCUAGUGUCCUUUCAUCAGCGCUGUAGAGAGUCACCUGCAAGCACAAGUCAUCCUAGUGCAUUGCAGGACAAUGACCUCAGAUUCAUGGCUGUAUAUCGGAAAAGAAUGGGAAGUAAACUGGGAAGUUAACAAAUACACCUGAAAUAGAGAUCUGGUGUCUGCCUGCUUUUUUUAUUGACAAAUGAAAAAAGUAUAUUUAAAAUGUUGCCUCCAUGUGCCUUUUUAUUUGGUCUGAUAUUAAGUUUAGGUACUUAUUCUCAAUAUUAGAAAGUAAAGUAAUGGAAAAUAUAAGCACA